CGUAGUUCAACUAGUCAAGGUACUGCCGACGUGGAUGAUCUGAAGCACGGCAAGUGGAAAUUGACUGGGAAAUUAAAGAAGAAAAAUCGCAUGGAUUCUUACUGUACGCUGCAAGAAUCGCUACUUGGUUCUCCAACAUUGCUGCCAUGGUAACGGGUGCCAACGGGUUGCCACAACUAUCAAGUGGUCCUGGUGGCACAGCUUCAUUUGAAAUAGAUACACUCCUUCGCCCCGCGUUGGAGCGGGUGUUGGAAUGGAUCCGGAAAGGCGAGCGUGAAGAUGCACCCGUCCUGCGCUGGCCUACUUCGAAAGAAGCCAGGGAUAACAUUAUUAUUCCUUCAAUAUCAUCUCUUGGCUCUCAUGUGCUUCUGGAAGAGGAAUCAAAACAUGCGAAACGCCCACAGUCGUCCCAUACCCUCUCUGAACAGGGCCUAUUAGAGCUGAUCGGGACUGUACUGGAUAACAGCAUCAACCCAUGGACUGGGCGGUUUCUCGACAAGCUCUACGCUGCGCCAAAGCCAAUUGGACUCGUUGCGGACCUGAUACUCUCCGUCCUGAAUGCCAAUUGCCAUGUCUUCAGCUCCAGUCCCGUGCUCAGCCUUGUGGAGGAAAUGUGCGUUCAAGAGCUCGGUAGACUGUGUGGAUGGUCUGAAGCGGGCUCUGGGAGUAACGAGGAGUCGCAAGUGGACGGCCUCACCAUGCCUGGCGGUUCGGCAUCAAACACACUUGCAAUUCAGACUGCACUAGCUACUAUGUUUCCCUCAUAUAAAGAAGCAGGCAUACUCGGGGCAUUAGAUGACAUCAAUCGUCUGAAGGCUUUGCCUCCUCCCGGAUCUGCUGACGCUUCUGUGGGUCGGCACGUAACAGGGCAGUCAGAAGUCGAGACAGUGUCCUCCGCCUCGCUCCUGAAGCCUUUGAUAUUCACCAGCGACCAGAGUCACUAUUCAAUCCAGAAAGCUGCGCUAGCUUGUGGUCUGGGGCUUGAAAGCGUCAUCAAAGUACCCUGCGAUCCCUCCGGGCGCAUGGAUCCCGAGGCGCUUGACAGGAUGCUUCAUAACCUGCGUCCCUCGCACAAGGGCUUCCCGUUCUUUGUCAAUGCGACGGCAGGAACUACAGUUCUAGGGUCUUUCGACAAUCUUGAAGCGAUCAGCGAGAUUUGCAAGCAGAAUAACCUUUGGCUUCAUGUCGAUGGCAGCUGGGGCGGGCCCGUGCUCUUCUCCUCACGCUGGAAGCACCUCAUUUCCGGCAUAGAUUCGUGCCACUCUUUCACCAUCAACCCACACAAACUGCUAAACGUCCCUCUUCAAUGCUCAUUCCUCAUAUUCAAACACGGAAAGCAGGCACUCAAAGGCAACUCCCUAGCCGCAUCCUACCUCUUCCAUUCAGCCGAUAUGCGCGAUAAUCCCGGUAUGAAGACGCUCGGCUGUGGGAGGAAAGGAGAUGCGCUCAAGCUCUACCUGACAUGGCUGCGCUAUGGAAAGGAAGGCCUAGGCGCCCACGUCGAUCGCGGCUUCGAGUUGGCAGCCAAAGCGAUUGCCAUGGUCAAAGCCGCUGCUCCGCGCCUGGUGCUCUACCCGCCGCCCGAAUCAAGUUUCUUGCAAGUCUGUUUCCGCCCAUACAAGGAAGGCCUGAGCACCGAACAGCUCUCGCAAGCUGUCAUCGAAGUGCGCGAGCGUCUUCAAAGCGAGCGCAUGUUUGCCGUUGACUUUGCUCCGCUACCGGGUCAAUCUGGGCAGUUUUUGCGCCUCGUCACUCAUCCUAGCACCAAGGAGUCCGACCUGCAGACACUCAUACAGCGAGUCGCUGCACUGGGCGAAAAGUAUUUCGCAGAUUCAUGAUAGCGCAACGUACAGCAUGUUCUGCACCUGCAUAUGCGGUUCACAAGCAAGCGAUAUAGAAGUCACCUUGUUGAUGCGCUUGAUCAGCGUCGGAUUCUAGAGGCAUAGUACAUGGCAGAUGCAGUGAGAGAUGAUGUCAUUGUAAUAUGAAG